UGCGCGCAAAGCGCGGGUGUAGCGGGUAGUACCAUAUCAGCAGUGCAACCAUUUAAACCGAAACUCAUAGCUUGUUUUUCAUCUGAACUCGAACCAAUGAAAUGGGAACAAGGUCCAAUCUUCGGCAAUCCAUAGACGCCCUCUGCUCCCUCGGCAGCUCAGCCACCGAGUCCGUCUACACCCGCCUCGUCCUCGAAUGCGUCCGAGCGAACGAUGCCGAACAAGCUGCUAGACUCCAAGCCCACAUGGAGUCGCAUUCAUUCCGACCCAACGACACUUACAUCCACAACCGCCUCCUCCACCUGUACGCUAAGUCCGGGAAAGUUGGGACUGCACGUAACCUGUUCGACAGAAUGCCCAAAAGAGACGUUUUCUCAUGGAAUGCCAUGCUCUCUCUGUUUGCGAAGUCCAGGGCACAGGAGGACUUGUGGGCGACGUUCAAUGACAUGCCGGUUCGGGAUUCCGUCUCGUAUAACACCGUGAUCGCGGGUUUCACUGAUAACAGGCUUCCCAGAAAGGGGCUGGAGGUUUUUGCCAUGAUGGUUGUUGAUGGGUUCCAGCCAACAGAUCAUACUUAUGUGAGUGCUCUGCAUUCGUGUUCGAUGUUGUUGGGUCUUAGGCAGGGGAAGCAGAUUCACGGCAGGAUUGUGUUAACUGGUAGUUUGGGGACUAAUGCCUUUGUGUGGAAUGCGCUGAUCAAUAUGUAUGCGAAAUGUGGAGAAAUCAAUCACGCCUGGUGGCUGUUUGACAAGGUGCCUGAUAAAAAUGUUGUCUCAUGGAACUCGAUGAUUUCUGCUUAUUUAGAGGUCGGGUUGCCCGAGAAAUGCAUAGAGAUGUUCCAUGAAAUGCAGUUGGCAAGUUUGAAACCCGAUCAAGUGACUAUUUCCAAUGUCCUCAAUGCUUACUUUGAAACUAGAAGAGUUGAUGAAGCAAGAAAUUUGUUUAGUGAGGUCAAAGGGAUGAAGGACAAGGUAUGUUGGACCACAAUGAUCGCGGGCUAUUCCCAGAAUGGAAGGGAAGAGGAUGCUCUGAUGAUUUUCCGUCAGAUGCUGUUGGCGAAUGCCCAACCCGACAGUUUCACGAUCUCUGCUGUGAUCAGUGCAUGCGCAAAAUUGGCAUCUCUGCAUCAGGGCCGGGCUUUACAUUCAAAGGCAAUUCUUAUCGGAGUGGAUGAUAAUUUGCUUGUCUCGAGUGCCCUUAUUGACAUGUAUUGCAAGUGUGGAACCAUCUCCGAUGCUCGAUUUGUUUUCAACUCAAUGCCCUCUCACAAUGUGGUUUCAUGGAAUGCGAUGAUCAGAGGUUAUGCCCAAAAUGGACGGGAUCAAGAGGCCUUGUCCCUGUACGAAAGUAUGAUACAGGCGAACAAGAAACCUGAUAGCGUGACUUUUUUGGCUGUUCUAUCAGCUUGUAUGCAUGCAAAUCUGAUAGAAGAAGGGAAGAAGUACUUCAACUCAAUCAGUAAAGAUCAUGGAAUUACUCCCACUUUGGAUCAUUAUUCAUGCAUGAUCCACCUCCUGGGCCGUUCCGGUAGAUUAGAUAAAGCCCUAGAUUUAAUAAAACAAAUGCCCCAUGAGCCGGAUUCCCUUAUUUGGUCCUCUUUUCUGUCUGUUUGUUCGAAGAAAGGUGAUAUUGAACAUGGGGAGAUUGCCGCUAAAAGACUGUUGGAGAUGGAUCCAUUUAAUGCAGGACCCUACAUCAUGCUCUCAAAUAUGUAUGCUGCUCAUUCGAGGUGGGAUGAUGUGGCAUCAGUGAGAUCACUAAUGAAUAGCAGAAACGUUAAAAAGUUUGCUGCUUACAGUUGGGUUGAAUUUGAUAAUAAGGUCCACAAGUUUGUGUCAGAAGAUCAAGCUCAUCCAGAAAGCGAAAAGAUUUACGGAGAACUCCAGCAAUUGACUAGAAGAUUGCAAGAAGUGGGCUUUGUUCCAAAUACCAGAUCGGUUCUUCAUGACGUGGGAGAGGAUGAGAAGUUCUCCUCUGUUUGUUAUCACAGUGAGAAGCUUGCUCUUGCGUAUAGUUUAUUAAAAUUGCCAGGUGGGGUGCCUAUAAGGAUAUUAAAGAACAUUCGGAUUUGUGUGGAUUGCCAUCUGUUUAUGAGGUACAUAUCAAAAGUUAUUGGGCGGCAUAUCAUCUUGAGAGAUGCGACAAGAUACCAUCAUUUUAUUGGAGGGGAAUGUUCUUGCAAGGACUAUUGGUAGCGAUGAUCGCUUGGACGUGGAGAACUUUGAUAGAAGCUUCCAAACAUUGCAAUCCCUUUCAAAGAUUAUUGAGAAUGGAAUUUUGCUGAUCGAGCUUCUUCCCGAGAUCUGGGUAUAGUUGAACCUCUGAAAACUCAGAUCUUCAUUAUCUCUGGGUGAGAACAAUGACAAAGCUAAUCCCUGAAGGUUUUGCAGAAGAGGGGUGGCAAGUCAUUAUACAAGCAUCAGGUGGAGGUCAAAAUUUAGAUGGAACCACUUGCAGUUCUGAUGCUUCUUACCUGAAAUUUUCAAAUCAUGAGUUAAGGGUUGCUGUAGCUUCUCAUCUGGAAUUGAUACAAGAACAGCUCCAAUGCCGACCAAGGUGAAGAAUCUGAACUUAUCUGCCACACAGGUGAAAAAUCAACUUUGUUGACAUUAUAUAUUGCUCAAACUUCGUAGGAAGGGAAUGAAUGAAGAGCUAAGCGGGAGUCAUAAUCAGGCUCCUCUCUCUUUUGUGGUGGCUUUUUGGCGGUUACGUUACUGAAGCGAAUGAUGAAUGACGAAUGACUCAAUCAUGCAUUUUCUUUAGAAGUUGUCCCCCUCUUCUUGGGCGGGACCAAACUCUAGGAAUUUAUCUUAUAAGGGCGGGCACAGAUGGCUUGCCCUUGACUCGCCCAAUGAAGUAGACUAGUCGAGAUGCCCCACAAAUUGAUCCAGAUAUCACCUUAGCUAUAAUAGAGAGAGAGAGAGUAAAAUGCAGUUCACUUGGGCCUAGUUGCAAGUGCCUCAACCUCGAAAAAUUUGCACUUUACCCACUAACCAUCUUAAAGAGAAGAAACAUUGACCCUAGUUUACUUUUCCGAUCACUUUUUUAACAAAAAAUAAUUUAUUAACUUUAGAUUUUUAAAAAAUAAUUUCAAAUAUUUAAUAAUUCGAAAAAGAAAAAGCAAAAUGUUCAGAGAGAGAGAGACAGAGAGAGCGCUAGUGAAGAGGGUGGUGGCUCAUUGGCAGCCACUGCGCCCCGACAACCUCUCCUAACAAGCAAAGCCUAAUCAUUGGCGGCGGUGGUGUGGCUUUGGACAAGGUAGCAUUGACUAUUGGGGUGUGAGCGUGAAGAGGCAAGGGCUUUUGAGUUUAGCUGCGAUUGUAAGCGACAAAAGACGAAAUCAAAGAAUGUAUGAUUGAGAGAUUUGGCAAGAGAAGGGGGUGACAAGGUCACUGGAGGCCUCCCUUCUGUCCCUCCUCUCUCUAAACUUUUUGUUCUUCAUUUUUGGAUUUUUUAUUUUUAAAAUUAUUUUUGAAAUUCUAAAAUUAAUAAAUAAUAUAAAUUAACUUUUGGCCAGAAAAGUGAGGGUGCACCUUGCUGCUAUUUGAAAAGGUCGGGGAUACAGUGCAAAUUUUUAAAAGUCGGGAGCACAUUGCAACUACACCUAAAAAUUAAGGAGUAAACUGCAUUUUACUCAUUAAAAAAAAAUGUAAGAUCUCUUGCUCUAACAGCACGUUUGGUAGCCCGGAAUGGGCCUUCCCUUGC